AAACUGAAGUGUAGUUGAGCUGUUGUGUGUUUGUGUCUCUGUAUUCAUGCAGUAAAAUGGCAGAAGCCAGAAUUUCAGUGGAUCAGAAUGAGUUCCUGUGUCCAGUGUGUCUGGAUCUCCUGAAGGAUCCAGUGGCCAUUCCCUGUGGACACAGUUACUGUAAGAGCUGUAUUACAGACUGCUGGGAUCAGGAGGAUCAGAAGAGAGUGUACAGCUGUCCUCAGUGCAGACAGACCUUCAGUCCAAGACCUGCUUUAGCUAAAAACACCAUGCUGGCUGAAGUGGUGGAGAAACUGAAGAAGAGAAAACUUUCUGCUGACUGUUACGCUGGAACUGGAGAUGUGCAGUGUGACGUCUGUACUGGAAGAAAACACAAAGCCAUCAAGUCCUGUCUGGUGUGUCUGAACUCUUACUGUCAGAAUCACCUUGAACAACAUGAGAGUUUGUUAAAAAGAAAGAGACACAAUCUGACUGAUGCCACUGGACGACUGAAGGAGAUGAUCUGCCAGAAACAUGACAAGCUCCUUGAGGUUUUCUGUCGCACUGACCAGAAGUGUAUAUGUGUGCUGUGUAUAGAUGAACAUAAAAACCACAACACUGUAUCAGCUGCAGCACAGAGGACAGAGAAACAGCACCAGCUGAAGAAGAUGCAGAGAUCAUUCCAGCAGAGGAUCCAGCAGAGAGAGAAAGAUCUUCAGCAGCUGAGAGAGGCUGUGGAGUCUCAUAAGCGCUCUGCACAGACAGCAGUGGAGGACAGUGAGAGGAUCUUCACUGAGCUCAUCCGCUCCAUUGAGAGAAGCCGCUCUAAGGCGACACAGCGGAUCAGAGAUCAGGAAAAGACUGCAGUGAGUCGAGCUGAAGGACAUCUGGAGCGACUGGAGCAGGAGAUCAACGGUCUGAGGAGGAGAAACGCUGAGCUGGAGCAGCUUUCACACACACAGGAUCACAUCCAUUUCCUGCAGAGUUUCCCGUCUUUCUCAGCUCCUCCUGAAUCUACAGACGUAAAUGAUCCCUUCAGUUCUUUCUCCUCUUUUGAUGUUGUGAAAGAAUCUGUCCGUCAGCUGAGAUACAAACUGGAGGAUUUCUGCAAAGAGGAGCUCAAGAAGAUCUCUGACAGAGUCACUUUCACCAACAUUGUUCCCAGGACCAGGAACGACUUCCUACAAUAUUCCCAUCAGUUCACUCUGGAUCUGAACACAGUGAAUAAACACCUCCGUCUGUCUGAGAGGAACAGAGUGAUUACUUACACUGACACAGUCCAGCAUUAUCCUGAUCAUCCAGACAGAUUUGAUGUGUGUCAGGUGUUGUGUAGAGAGAGUGUGUAUGGACGCUGUUACUGGGAGAUUGAGUGGAGUGUUGGUGUGUUUAUAUCAGUGUCAUAUAAGAGCAUCAGCAGGAAGGGACGGGGUGAUGAGUGUUGGUUUGGAUAUAAUGAUCAGUCCUGGAGUUUGAGGUGCUCUCAUUCAUACAGUUUCUCACUCAUACACAAUAACAUACAGACUAAACUCCCUGUAAAGUCCAUCAGCAGUAGAAUAGGAGUGUAUGUGGAUCACAGUGCAGGAACUCUGUCCUUCUACAGCAUCUCUGACACAAUGAGCCUCAUCCACACAGUCCAGACCACAUUCACUCAACCGCUCUAUCCUGGGUUUAAUGUUGGUUUUACUGGAUCAUCAGUGAAACUGUGUUAAUGAAUCAGAAUAGACUGUAGAGAGAUUCUACCCAUAAUGCUUUGAGCUCAUGAUAAAUCAGUAACAGUGAGAUGUUAUAGAGUUUCUUAUUUUCUCUUCAUUACAUUAAUACUACAGCUGAACUUCUGUCAGUGAAAUAACAUGUCAGAAUAAUUGUGCGUAAUGAAUCCUCAUAGAGACAGUGAGAUCAGUGUGUGUUUGUGAGUCAUGAUGAGUGACGGUGUGUAUCUGUGCUCUUAUCAAACUGUGUUGAUGGAAAUCAGUCAUUCAGUUCUUAUUGUAGUGUCAUAUUAUUACUAUCAAAAUUACCUUUCUAUUAAAAUGAUCACAUAGGAUUCAUUAAAAUGUAACAUUCAAAAAAACGUAAUUUGUUGUAAAAUUGAUAAACGGCAGUUUAUUAAUAAAUGUAAAAUAUAUAAACCCAGAUCAUCUGAUCAUACUGUAAACUCUUGAUCAGUGAAAGUAUGAGCACAAUUAUUCUGAUCUAAUGCAGUUUACUUUAAAUAAACCUCCUCCUAAACAGAACUGAAUUUACAGACCUGAUGCUCUGACAACUCUGAGAAAUAACAGAUUCCAUGGCUUAAAAGGUUCAUAAAACAAACUUGGAAAUCUUCAUCCCCAGCUACCUUCAGUACAGUACAGCUAGAUUUUGGCUCUUUGUCACAUCAAAACAUGUGUUCGAAAUGUAGGUGUGUAUAUUGACAGCUCUCUAAAGCUGGACAAACAUAUAAAUUCUGUUGUAAAGGCAAGUUUCUUUCACUUAUGCAAUCUAGCUAAGAUGAAAUCAUGUUUUUGAUGUUUAAAGGCCUUGAAAUUGCAAUCCAUGCUUUGAUAUCAUCAAUAUUUUUUACUAUUGCAAUGUGUUAUAUAAGGGAAUUAGUCAGUCAUUUAUUUCUCAUUUGCAAAAAGUUCAAAAUACUGUCGAUACUGACUCUUAAUGGGUAUUAAAAAAUGUGUACAUCUGAGUCAAAAAGGAGAUUUCGCUUUUGCUGCAACAGCGCCUAACCUUUGUAACAGUUUGCCUAAACAUAUUAGAGAUGCUGCUACUAUACAAGAUUUUAAAGUACAACUCAAAAAAACAUUUUAUUUCAAUAGCUUUUAAUCAGUGAUGAUUUUAUUGUGUUGCCUGUAUGAUGCUUGUUUUUCUGUGAUACUGUAAAACACAGUCAACUUGUGUUGUUUUAUUUGUGCUAUAUUAAUAAA